CGGCAUGCGCGUGUCUCUCGGCCGCGUGCGUCAGUUGUUCACCAUGCAGCGCGUGCUGACGCAGAACGUGGCACGGCUCUUAGCUCUGAGCUUGAGGACUAAACUGUCGCCGAGUGUCAGAGCCGCGGCGGUAAACAUGUCGACGCUGCUCGUUAACCGUCCGCAGUACAGCUGGCUGAGAGAGCUGGGCCUCGGAGAGGACAACGACGGCGUGUAUAACGGCUGCUGGGGCGGCCAGGGACAGGUGGUCACUUCAGAUUUUAUUUGUACAAUUUCCUGGAAGGAUGUUCUGGGGACAUGUGGGAGUAUGUGGGGGACGUUAAGGAAGGAAAAGGUUGUGUGGAGUGUGUGGGCAGAUGUUCCUGCUCCAAAGAGAGGUGAAAUCGUCCGGCAGAUCGGGGACGCUUUAAGAGGGAAGAUCAAAGCUCUGGGCAGCUUGGUGUCUCUGGAGAUGGGCAAGAUCUAUGUGGAGGGUGUUGGUGAGGUGCAGGAGUAUGUGGACGUCUGCGACUAUGCUGUAGGACUGUCCCGUAUGAUCGGCGGACCCAUUUUACCCUCAGAAAGGCCGGGUCACGCGCUCAUCGAGCAGUGGAAUCCUGUGGGUUUGGUAGGAAUCAUCACUGCCUUCAACUUUCCUGUGGCUGUAUAUGGCUGGAACAAUGCCAUCGCUCUCAUCUGCGGCAACGUCUGUCUUUGGAAAGGAGCGCCAACAACACCCCUCACGAGCGUCGCUGUUACCAGGAUUGUAGCUGAGGUGCUGGAGCGUAAUCAUCUUCCUGGAGCGAUCUGCUCUAUGACCUGCGGAGGUGCUGACAUUGGCACGGCCAUGGCUAAAGAUGAGCGAGUGGGUCUGCUGUCCUUCACAGGCAGCACUCAGGUGGGCAAACAGGUGGCCAUGAUGGUACAAGAACGGUUCGGUCGUCAGCUGCUGGAGUUGGGAGGAAAUAAUGCCAUCAUAGUGUUUGAGGAUGCUGAUCUUAAUCUGGUCGUGCCGUCUGCUGUCUUUGCCUCUGUGGGAACUGCUGGCCAGCGCUGCACUACUACCAGACGAUUGAUGCUGCAUGAAAGUGUACAUGACGAUGUUGUGGAGAGGAUCGCUAAAGCUUACAAGCAGAUCCGCAUCGGGGACCCCUGGGACCCAAACACUCUUUAUGGACCUCUGCACACCAAACAGGCUGUUCAGCAGUAUCUGGCAGCCAUAGACCAAGCAAAGCAGCAGGGCGGCACUCUUGUGUGUGGGGGAAAGGUUAUGGAUCGCCCGGGUAACUAUGUGGAACCUACCAUUAUCACUGGACUGCCACACGACGCUCCCAUAGUUCACACAGAGACCUUCGUGCCUAUCCUUUACGUGCUUAAAUUCAAGACAGAGGAUGAAGCAUUUGCCUGGAAUAAUGAAGUGAAACAAGGGCUCUCCAGCAGCAUCUUCACUAAAGACAUGGGUCGAGUGUUCCGCUGGUUAGGCCCCAAAGGCUCUGACUGUGGCAUUGUGAACGUCAACAUUCCAACCAGCGGCGCAGAGAUCGGAGGAGCGUUUGGAGGUGAGAAACACACAGGAGGCGGCCGCGAGUCCGGCAGUGACUCAUGGAAGCAGUACAUGAGAAGAUCCACAUGGUGAGUGUCGGUCUACAUCAGAUCCUCAGGAA